CCGCCGGUAACCUCUCCAGUCUCCGGGGCGCAGCGCGUCAGUCUACCCUGAUGGGGCGAUUACUCCUGUGGUCAACUUGGAUGCCACCUCUGGGCCCCUUAUCAACAUUUGCCCCACUGUUGAGGUGAACAGACGGGAAUAGAAAAGACGGGAAAGAAGGAAGGACAGGAAAGACACGUGGGUUCCCGAGGCGCACCGUCGGAUCCGGCUUUGAUGCGCGCAGGUGUCCAGUUCAUCAGCUCAUUUUCUCCCCCUCUCUCUCAGCGAUCUUACAGAGUUCUGCGCAAGACUGAAAAAAAAUGUUCAAGAGGAAGACGUUCAGCCGAAGUGCUUUGAACACAGGAAUGCUCCUGGUCGGAUAUUUGCUUUGGGUUUAAGGGGAAAUCGCUCGGAUAUCAAACCUCUCCAGCGGAGACGCAGCAGAGGCUCUGGAGUUACAGAGAGCACGGGAGAAGAAUUUGGAAAGUAGAUCUUAUAUUUACGGAUUACCAGGCUUUUUUCUUCUUCUCCUGAGACAUAUCUCCGCGCUCUUCUUUGAUGUCUGAAAAGACCGUUGCGUUGCCAUGACGAGUGAGGAGGAGGAGGGCCCCAGCGUUGCAACAUCAACAGCAACGCCACCGUCAGCGGCAGCAAUCUCAAGGGUAACAACAGCCAUAGCCAGGCGCGAUAGCGAUGAUGCCGUCACUUCCUCCUCCCCCCGCAGGCCCUCCCCGCACCACCUCCCAUGUCCCAAGAAAAAGGAGGAGAAAGAGGAAGAAAUAGAGGAGGAAGGGAUUAUUCAGGAAGAGAGGAUUGAGGAGGAGGAGAAGGUGCUGGAGUGUCAAGAGGAUGAUGAGGACGACGAUGAUGAUGACAGCAGUGAUACCAGUGUGUUAGUGGUGCCCUACCCUGAGCUGGCACCUGUGGUCUUCUUCUGCCUCAAACAGACAACCUGUCCUCGUAGCUGGUGUAUACGCAUGGUCUCCAGCCCAUAUCCUUUUUAUAUUGUCAAUAAGAACAAACAGAUUGUCAACAUGUCUAGCAAGAUUGCGGGUCAGAAGCAGCGCAGCAUGACAGAGCUUUGUGAGUCCCGGGUAGCGGGAAAGGGACGGGCGAUCCUCGCUGACGUCUUACAUCCUCUGCAUGAGUUCCGCAUCCCUCUUCAGUCUCUAACCACUAACAGUCAGACAGAUGAGGUCGACAACGGUCAAUGCAGCUGA